ACAUCCCUACAGGUCUAAAGAGAAGUAAAGCAUUUCCCCAAGAAGCAACUCCAUCUGAUUGUCUUAUUGACAGUUAUUUAUACAGUUAGAGCUCCAGGAGAAGGAGUUGCACUGCUGUAGGCUGUGAUCUGCCCUGAGCUGGGGGAGGAUGGACAGUGCAGGGAGGAAAGUGAUUGUCUGUGAUAAUGGAACUGGGUUUGUCAAGUGUGGUUUUGCUGGGUCUAAUUUCCCAGAGCACAUCUUCCCAGCACUCAUAGGACGUCCUGUCAUACGCUCAGAUACUAAAGUGGGAAAUAUUGUUAUCAAGGAUCUGAUGGUGGGAGAUGAGGCGAGUGAAUGCCGCUCCAUGCUGGAGGUCUCCUAUCCUAUGGAGAAUGGGAUGGUACGUAACUGGGAUGAUAUGCUCCACCUGUGGGAUCACACAUUUGGACCAGAUCGUCUGAACAUCAAUCCAUCUAAUUGCAAAGUGCUGUUGACCGAACCACCUUUGAACCCUCUGAAGAACCGGCAGAAGAUUGCAGAGGUCAUGUUUGAGACCUACAAGUUCCAUGGCAUCUACAUAGCCAUCCAAGCUGUGCUGACACUUUAUGCACAGGGUCUGCUGACAGGUGUAGUGGUGGACUCAGGUGAUGGUGUGACACACAUCUGUCCUGUGUAUGAGGGUUUCUCUCUUCCCCACCUCACACGCAGACUUGAUAUUGCAGGACGUGACAUUACACGUUACCUCAUCAAGUUGUUGCUGCUGAGGGGCUAUGCCUUCAACCAAACAGCAGACUUUGAGACAGUCCGGAUGAUGAAGGAGAAUCUGUGCUUUGUGGGUUACAACAUAGAACAGGAGCAGAAACUGUCUGAUGAGACAACAUUUUUGGUGGAGUCUUACACGCUGCCGGAUGGGCGCAACAUAAAAGUCGGUGGAGAAAGAUUUGGGGCUCCAGAGGCACUUUUUCAGCCGCAUCUCAUUAACGUAGAGGGAGUCGGAGUGGCUGAGCUUCUCUUUAACACCAUCCAGGCUGCUGAUAUUGACCUCAGGGCAGAUUUGUACAAGCAUAUCGUGCUGUCUGGAGGGACUACCAUGUAUCCUGGACUGCCCUCCCGCCUGGAAAGAGAGAUUAAGCAGCUGUACCUAGAAAGAGUGCUUAAAGGAGAUGCAGAAAAACUCUCAAAAUUCAAAAUCCGCAUCGAGGACCCUCCUCGCCGUAAGCACAUGGUGUUUAUGGGUGGAGCCGUGCUGGCCAACAUCAUGAAAGAUAAAGAGUCAUUCUGGUUGUCGAGAGCUGAAUAUGAGGAAAAAGGCCUGAAAGUGCUCGACAAGCUUGGCGGAGGAACAAAAUGAAUCAGUGCUUACAUGAAAAGAAAUACAUUUUUGCACAAGCACUAUACUAUCAUAGAAAUACAUAUGAUUUGUGUUGAAAUGAUCAUGAAAUGAUCUGAUUAUUAUCAUGGAUAAUAGAAUGCUAAGGAAAUAUGAAUAAGGAGAAACAUAUCAUUUUAUUGACUAUGGAAUGGUCCCCAAUGACCUGAACUUUCCACAUUUCCCUGCCUCACUAUUAUUGUACAAUUGUAUGUAAUAUUAGCCUAAUCACACUGCAUUGCAACAUAAGUUGUUAAAAGUUUUAUUUGUAAUUAAGAAGAGAAAAAAUGGCUCCAAUAGAAAUGUGUUCAAAAUGAUAA